AUCCUGGUGAUAAACCUCCAGUUCUGUUGACAGCAAAUAUGAAUUCUAUAUCAGUUGUUUACCUCAAUGGAUCAUCUAUGCCAAAUCUCAAGUCCAUGGAGACAAAUGGGACUCAAAUAUUGGACUUUAUUUAUAGAGAAGAGUCACUCUGUUGGCUCUCAGUGGCCCAGGAUACAGGUCAGCUGUGGUGUGCCCGCAUGACCAAACUCAAAGGCUUUUCAGAAAAGCACCAGAUACGGAUAGGUCAGAACCUACAAAAUGUGGAGCACAUGGCCAUCGACUGGUUGACAGGAAACUUCUACUUCGUAGACAGAGUGAACGACCGGAUAUUCGUUUGCAGCGAACAGGGAGAUGCAUGUGUUACCAUCAUCGACCUGGACAUCCAGAACCCUAAAGGCCUAGCACUGGAUCCCAUCAUGGG